UCACAGGUAUAGAAGAUAUCUGUUAUUAAUUGUCAUUCAGAAUUAUCAGUCAGAACACGUAGAUGGCAUAUCGAAACGCACACAAUCAAAGCGUCGCGUCGAUGAGAACCGUAUUCUGUUUCUUUUACGGUGCGCGUACGACUGUCGUGUCUCGAAGAAAGCCUCAGUGCUGACCUGGCGGCCGUCGCGAUCGCACCGGCCCGCCGACAAUGUGGCUGACUUUGUGACUCAAGUGUGGUGAAUUUGUGUUCAAGAGCAGUGCCCGUGCGUUAACCCCAACCCCUGAUAGUGCCUAACCGGAUUUUUUUUAAAUACAGAACGCCCGCGGCGUACUAAAGAUUUACGAUGUUGAUAAGGUGGCGGGCGGCGUUGUGUGUCGCCGCGUUGCUGAUCGGAGCUACACUCGCUAACAAUGAGGGAAACCUUUUCACGUGUCCCAAUGGCUGGGAACUAAAAGGACUCCAUUGCUACAAAUUCUUCAAUAUCAGGCACUCUUGGGAAAAAGCUGCAGAGCUAUGUCGGAGGUACGGCAGCGAAUUAAUGGUAGUAGACAGCUACACAGAAAACAACAUGACUGCAAGCAUGGUGCCGGCUAGUCCUAGUAAUAACCAUUACUGGCUCGGGCUUGCCUCAGUUGAUGAUCUCCGAACGAAUACACUUGAAUCUGCUGCCGGUGCAUUAGUUUCACAAUACGCUGGAUUCUGGGACUUAAAACAGCCAAACCCAAAAGAAGGCGAAUGCGUAGAUGUUCUUGUCACAUCGGAUAGUCAAUCUUGGGAGCUAACAACUUGUGAAACAUUAUUGCCCUUCAUGUGCAAAGCCAACGCCUGUCCAGCCGGAACCUUCCAUUGUUCUAACGGAAGAUGUAUCAACGCAGCCUUCAAAUGCGACAAACAAGAUGAUUGCGGUGAUGCAUCAGACGAAAUGGACUGCGCUUCUGAGUGUCACUUUUAUAUGGCGAGCAGCGGAGAUGUAGUGGAAUCCCCUAAUUAUCCACACAAAUACCCAUCAUUUAGCGAAUGCAAAUGGACUCUUGAAGGGCCUCAAGGACAAAAUAUUCUUUUACAAUUCCAAGAGUUUGAAACAGAAAAAUCCUUUGAUACAGUCCAAAUUCUUGUCGGCGGUAGGACCGAAGAAAAAUCAGUAAAUUUAGCCACCCUAUCAGGAAAACAAGAUUUAUCUAACAAACUCUAUGUAUCUGCAUCUAAUUUCAUGAUUAUUAAAUUUAGCACAGAUGGUUCUGUAGAAAAGAAGGGAUUCAGGGCAUCAUGGAAAACAGAAUCUUCUAAUUGUGGUGGUGUCCUUCGAGCUACACCUCAAGGCCAAGUUUUGACGUCACCGGGCUAUCCAAAUGGGUACCCAGGUGGCUUAGAAUGCAUGUAUAUAAUCGAAGCCCAACCGGGCCGAAUUGUUUCAUUAGAGAUUGAAGAUUUAGAACUAGGAAUGAACAGAGAUUACAUCGUUGUAAAAGACGGUAAUACCCCUUCCAGUCCAGUGUUGGCUAGAUUGACGGGUCCUGGUGAAGACAAUGAAAAAGUUGUGAUUUCGACAACAAAUCAUCUUUACUUGUACUUUAGAACAAGCCUGGGAGAUUCUAAAAAAGGAUUUAAUAUGCGAUAUUCGCAAGGCUGCAAAGCUACCAUCAUUGCGGCUAAUGGUACAUUCACAUCCCCGGCAUACGGUCUAACAAAUUAUCCCAACAACCAGGAAUGUCUCUACAGAAUUAAGAAUCCUACUGGAGGUCCACUUUCGUUGAAGUUUGAUGAAUUUAAUAUUCAUUCUUCUGAUGUAGUACAAGUUUUCGAUGGUUCGAGUACAAAUGGACUCAGGUUACAUUCUGAAAAUGGAUUUACUAUAAAACCUAGAAUAACUUUGACUGCUUCCAGUGGUGAAAUGUUAAUACGAUUUGUAUCUGAUGCAUUGCAUAAUGGAAAAGGAUGGAAGGCGACGUUUUCUGCAGAUUGCCCACCACUAAAAUCUGGUAUAGGAGCACUAGCAUCAAAUAGAGAUACUGCUUUCGGAACAGUCAUAACGUUCUCUUGUCCAAUUGGUCAGGAAUUUGCUACAGGAAAACCCAGACUUACAACUAAAUGCUUGGACGGCGGAAAUUGGUCAACGACGUACAUACCUAGCUGUCAAGAGGUAUAUUGUGGUCCAGUGCCGCAAAUUGACAAUGGUUUUUCAAUCGGUUCCACAAACGUGACAUAUCGUGGUAUUGCCACUUAUCAAUGUUAUGCAGGUUUUGCUUUUCCAACUGGUCAACCAAUUGAAAGAAUAUCAUGUUUAUCCGACGGACGAUGGGAGCGAACCCCCACUUGUUUGGCUUCUCAGUGCGUAGCCUUGCCUGACGUACCGCACGCGAAUGUAACGAUUCUUAACGGUGGCGGUCGUAGCUACGGUACAAUCGUCCGUUACGAAUGCGAACCAGGCUAUGUUAGAUCUGGUCAACCAGUACUUCUCUGCAUGAGCAACGGCACGUGGUCUGGAGACGUACCGACCUGUACAAAAACCAUAUGUUCUAAAUUUCCCGAAAUAAAAAACGGUUAUAUCGUAGAUCAGAGCAGAACUUACAUGUUUGGCGACGAAGCACGCGCGCAGUGUUUUAAAGGUUACAAAUUAAAUGGACCUAGCAUACUAAGAUGUGGGGCAAACCAAGAAUUUGAUCAAGCACCAACAUGUGAAGAUAUAAAUGAGUGCUUGAGUUCGCAAUGCGACUCAGUCUCAACUGAAUGUAAAAACACUCAAGGAGGAUUCUUCUGUCCCUGUCGAACUGGUUUUGCACCCAGUUUAGAUUGUAGACCUGUUGGCGAUUUAGGACUUAUAAAUGGAGCCAUUCCUGACGAGUCAAUUUCGACAUCAACACCAGAACCAGGAUAUAACAGUGGUAUGGUGCGCCUUAACAACGGAGGUGGAUGGUGUGGUAACAAUCUCGAAGCCGGCGCGAAUUGGAUUUUAAUCGAUUUGAGAGCUCCAACAAUUGUCCGAGGAUUUAGAACGAUGAGUGUAAUGCGAGCUGAUGGCAAUAUUGCAUUUACUUCUGCCAUACGCAUACAGUACACAAAUGAUCUUACCGAUGUUUUCAAAGAUUACACUAAUCCUGACGGGACUGCUGUAGAAUUCCGUAUUUUAGAACCAACUCUAUCUGUGCUUAAUCUCCCAGUACCUAUAGAAGCACAAUACGUCAAAUUCAAAAUUCAAGAUUAUGUUGGAGCACCAUGUUUGAAAUUAGAAGUUAUGGGAUGUGCGAGAUUAGACUGUUUAGAUAUUAAUGAAUGCAGCGAAAACAACGGAGGAUGUGAGCAAAAGUGCUUAAACACGCCCGGCAACUUUUCAUGCGCGUGUAAUCUUGGAUUUGAAUUAUAUUCUUCCAAUGGAACAGCAGGCUUCUCAAUUGAACUAUCUGAAACCGGUGAAAGAGACGGCGAUACAUAUCAAAGGAAUAAAUCUUGCGUACCGGUCAUGUGCCCCCCACUUGCACCACCUGAAAACGGACAACUUUUAUCGACCAAAAAAUCUUAUCACUUCGGUGAUACAGUUCAUUUCCAAUGUGACUUUGGAUAUGUAAUGUCAGGAUUUUCGACAUUACAAUGCACCUCAAGUGGAACUUGGAAUGGAACUGCUCCUGAAUGUCAAUAUGCUCGAUGUGUAACUUUAUCUGACGACAAAAACGAUGGCUUAAGAGUCAUAAGGGAUGAUCCUGAAAGUGUUUUAGUACCAUACAGAGACAAUGUUACAAUCACCUGCACUUCUCCUGGGAGACACCUGAGAAAUACUCUCACAUCUUCUUUUAGACAGUGUGUUUACGAUCCCAAGCCUGGUCUUCCUGAUUAUUGGUUUUCUGGGGCACAACCACAAUGUCCAAGACAAGACUGCGGUAUCCCAAUGCCAACACCUGGUGCAGAAUAUGGGCAAUAUCUUGAUACUAAAUAUCAAAGCUCCUUUUUCUUUGGUUGCCAAAACACUUUCAAACUUGCUGGGCAGACAAGUAAACACGAUAACGUUGUAAGAUGUCAGGCAAAUGGCAUAUGGGACUUCGGAGAUUUGAGAUGCGAAGGACCAGUUUGUGAAGACCCAGGUAGACCUGCUGACGGCUACCAAAUUGCAAGAAGCUAUGAGCAAGGAUCUGAAGUACUAUUCGGUUGUUCGAGACCUGGGUAUAUCCUAAUAAAUCCGAGACCUAUAACAUGCAUGCGUGAACCGGAAUGUAAAGUUAUCAAACCUCUGGGUCUUGCUUCGGGUAGAAUACCUGACUCCGCUAUCAAUGCUACAUCAGAAAGACCUAACUAUGAAGCUAAAAAUAUUCGACUCAAUUCGGUUACGGGUUGGUGUGGUAAGCAAGAAGCUUUUACGUAUGUGAGUGUAGAUCUUGGUAAAGUUUACAGAGUCAAAGCUAUCCUUGUAAAGGGUGUAGUAACUUCCGAUAUUGUGGGACGUCCUACUGAAAUAAGAUUUUUCUAUAAACAAGCCGAAAACGAAAACUAUGUUGUUUAUUUCCCGAAUUUCAAUUUAACCAUGAGAGAUCCUGGAAACUAUGGAGAACUAGCAAUGAUUACAUUGCCAAAAUUUGUCCAAGCAAGGUUUGUAAUCUUGGGCAUAGUCAGUUUCAUGGACAACGCUUGUCUCAAAUUUGAAGUAAUGGGAUGUGAAGAACCAAGCACAGAACCCUUAUUGGGUUACGACUAUGGUUAUUCUCCUUGUGUUGAUAAUGAACCACCAGUAUUCCAGAACUGCCCUCAACAACCUAUUGUAGUCCAAACCGAUGUUAACGGUGGCUUACUUGCUGUAAACUUCACUGAACCUACUGCUAUUGACAAUUCUGGUGCAAUAGCUCGAUUAGAAGUUACACCCCAGCAUUUUAAAACACCAAUUCAAGUAUUCCAUAAUAUGGUAGUUCGAUAUGUGGCAUUCGAUUUUGAUGGAAAUGUUGCAAUUUGUGAAGUAAACAUUACUGUACCUGAUUACACCCCUCCUAAAUUAAGCUGCCCCCAAAGCUAUGUUAUAGAGCUGGUGGAUAAACAAGACAGUUACGCUGUUAAUUUCAACGAAACGAGAAGAAGGAUCAACGCAACUGAUUCAUCCGGAGAAGUUUACUUGAAGUUCAUUCCUGAAAGAGCAGUUAUUCCCAUUCGAGGAUACGAAAACGUCACAGUUAUCGCCUCAGACAAAUAUGGCAACAAAGCUCAAUGUCACUUCCAAGUAUCAGUGCAAGCUACUCCGUGCGUAGACUGGGAACUAAUGCCUCCAGCAAACGGUGCAAUGAAUUGUAUUCCGGGUGACAGGGGUAUACAGUGUAUAGCCACUUGCAGUCCAGGUUUUAGAUUCACAGAUGGAGAGCCUGUCAAGACUUUUGUCUGCGAAACGAAACGUCAAUGGGUCCCAUCUGCUGUUGUUCCAGAUUGCGUUUCUGAAAACACUCAACAAGCUGCUUAUCACGUCGUAGCCGGUGUACAGUACAGAGCUCUGGGUGCAGUUUCAAGUGCUUGUUUACCUCAAUACAAAGAUCUACUAGCACAAUAUGAUAACAUUCUAAACGAAAGGCUGUCACAACGUUGCUCAGCAGUUAAUGUUAACAUUAACGUAACUUUCGUUAAAGCUAUGCCAAGUUUAUUAGAUGAAAAUGUGGUAAAAAUGGACUUUGUCUUGGCCAUUACACCAGCCAUUAGACAAACUCAGCUAUAUGAUUUGUGUGGCUCAACACUAAAUCUCAUCUUUGAUCUGUCUGUUCCAUACGCAAGUGCACUUAUUGAACCAGUACUAAAUGUUUCAUCCAUCGGAAAUCAAUGUCCACCACUGAGAGCAAUCAGAAGCUCAAUAACAAGAGGAUUUACUUGCAGUGUUGGAGAAGUAUUAAAUAUGGAUACAAACGACGUACCUAGAUGUCUACAUUGUCCUGCUGGUACUUCCGCUGGAGAAAAGCAAAAGACGUGCACAAUGUGUCCACAAGGAUAUUUCCAGAAUCAAGCACGUCAAGGUUCGUGUUUGAAAUGUCCUCAAGGUACAUUUACUCGAGAAGAAGGCUCAAAAGAUAUUUCUGAUUGCAUACCGGUCUGCGGUUACGGUACAUACUCACCAACUGGACUGGUUCCUUGCUUAGAGUGUCCCAGAAACAGUUACACUGCCGAACCUCCAGUCGGAGGCUUCAAAGACUGUCAAGCAUGUCCGAUAAACACAUUUACCUAUCAACCAGCAGCGCCAGGUCGUGACAAGUGUAGAGCAAAGUGUGCUCCAGGUACAUAUUCCCCAACGGGACUUGCACCCUGCUCUCAAUGUCCUCGAAACUUCUACCAAAACCUUGUUGGACAAACAACUUGUAUGGAAUGCCCUACGAAUAUGAAAACAGUAGGAACAGGCGCAACAGGAUUAGAAGAAUGCAUCCCUGUUGAAUGUUCGAACAGCGCUUGCCAGCAUGGAGGUCUAUGUGUGCCGAAAGGACACGGUGUCCAAUGCUACUGCCCAGCUGGAUUUUCUGGACGCAGAUGUGAAGUUGAUAUCGAUGAAUGUGCCAGUCAACCCUGCUACAACGAUGGUACCUGUACUGAUUUGCCUCAAGGAUACAGGUGCUCGUGUCCUACUGGUUACGGCGGAAUUAACUGUCAAGAAGAAAAAUCUGAUUGUAGAAAUGAUACGUGCCCAGAACGAGCUAUGUGCAAAGACGAACCUGGAUUCGAUAACUAUACUUGUUUGUGUAGAUCUGGAUAUACUGGAAUUGAUUGUGAUAUCACAAUCGAUCCAUGCACUGCUAACGGAAAUCCUUGCUCAAACGGUGCAAGUUGUAUUGCAUUACAACAAGGACGCUUCAAGUGUGAGUGCUUACCAGGAUGGGAAGGACAGCUUUGUGACAUUAAUACAGAUGAUUGUAUCGAAAAGCCUUGUCUUCUUGGUGCACCUUGUACGGACUUAGUUAAUGACUUUAGCUGCUCAUGUCCACCAGGAUUCACGGGAAAGCGUUGUCAUGAAAAAAUAGAUCUCUGCUCAAGCGAACCAUGCAAACAUGGAAUAUGUAUAGAUAAACUCUUCGUUCAUCAAUGUAUAUGUGACCCUGGUUGGUCAGGACCAUCGUGUGAUAUUAACAUUAAUGAAUGUGUGAUAUCACCAUGUGAGAACGGAGGUCAAUGUAUGGACGGUAUCGACGAUUUCAAUUGCGUUUGCGAAACUGGUUUUACAGGAAAGAAAUGUCAACACACCAUCGAUGAUUGUUUAUCAAAUCCUUGUCAAAACGGUGCAACAUGUAUGGAUCAAAUCGAAGGCUUUGUUUGCAAAUGCCGACCUGGAUUCGUAGGUCUUCAAUGCGAAACGGCCAUUGAUGAAUGUUUGACCGAGCCAUGCAACCCUACGGGAACCGAACGUUGUAUAGAUUUAGACAACAAAUACCAAUGCGUCUGUCGUGAAGGUUUCACAGGAAAAAUGUGUGAAACAAACAUUGAUGACUGCGCUUCAAAUCCUUGCUUUAAUGGUGGAUCGUGCACAGACGAAGUCGGUGGAUACAAAUGCGCCUGCCAUCCAGGAUGGACUGGCAAGAGAUGCGAAAAAGACAUCGGUAAUUGCGUAAACCAACCCUGCCAAAAUCAUGCUAAAUGUAUUGACCUAUUCCAAGAUUAUUUCUGUGUAUGUCCUAGUGGAACUGAUGGAAAACAAUGUGAAACGGCCCCGGAAAGAUGUAUUGGAAGCCCAUGUAUGCACGGCGGAAAGUGUCAAGACUUUGGAUCAGGCCUUAAUUGCACGUGUUCAUCUGAUUACACUGGAAUCGGCUGUCAAUAUGAAUUUGAUGCCUGCGAAGCUGGCUUGUGCCAAAAUGGAGCAACUUGCAUCGACGAAGGCGAAGGAUACCGUUGUAUUUGCGCACCUGGAUUUAAAGGACAAAAUUGCGACGAAGACAUUAUCGAUUGUAAAGAAAACUCUUGUCCACCUUCGGCAACAUGCAUUGACCUUCCAGGGAGAUUCUAUUGUCAAUGUCCAUUUAAUCUAACGGGAGAUGACUGUAGAAAAACAAUCAGUGUUGAUUACGAUAUGUACUUCAGUGAUCCCUUAAGGUCAAGCGCAGCCCAAGUGGUACCGUUUGAUACCAAUUCAGCAGAUAGCUUAACUAUAGCCAUGUGGGUACAAUACACACAACAAGACGAAGGCGGUGUCUUCUUCACAGCAUAUAGCGUAAGCAAUUCCCACAUUGCGCUUAACAGAAGACAAGUCAUACAAGCACAUUCAAAUGGAGUUCAGGUGUCUCUAUUCCCUGAACUACAAGACGUAUACCUCAGUUUCGGAGAAUUCGCUACGGUUAACGAUGGACAAUGGCACCAUGUUGCGUUGGUGUGGGACGGUAGCAAUGGCGGUGAACUCACAUUGAUUACUGAAGGACUAAUUGCCAGCAAACUUGCUGGUUAUGGCAGCGGUCGAACCUUGCCCCGAUACAUCUGGGUAACAUUGGGUAAACCGCAGUCCGAUAACGCAAAGGCCUAUACUGAAGCCGGAUUCCAAGGACAUCUUACCAAGGUACAAGUCUGGAAUCGAGCACUAGACGUCACUAAUGAAGUUCAAAAACAAGUCCGUGACUGCAGAACGGAGCCUGUCCUUUACAGUGGUUUAACUUUGACCUGGGCUGGAUAUGAUGACAUAAUUGGUGGAGUAGAACGAAUCGUACCAUCACAUUGUGGACAAAGGGUUUGCCCUAAUGGCUACAAUGGUCAAAAAUGUCAACAAUUAGAAGUCGAUAAAGAACCACCAAGAGUAGAUAGAUGCCCUGGUGACUUAUGGGUGAUUGCUAAGAAUGGAUCAUCUAUUGUCAACUGGGAUGCACCCAUAUUUAGCGACAAUGUUGGAGUGGCAAAAGUAGUAGAAAAAUCUGGACAUAAGCCAGGAGAGAACCUUGCUUGGGGAGCAUAUGACAUAGCCUACAUUGCAUAUGACGCCGUGGGUAAUGCAGCGACAUGCACAUUUAAGAUUACAGUAUUAUCGGAAUUCUGUCCACCUUUACCGGAUCCUCUGGGUGGUUAUCAAUCCUGUCGCGAUUGGGGCGCAGGAGGUCAAUUCAAGGUCUGCGAGAUUGCUUGUCGCGAUGGCUUGCGAUUCUCACAGCCCGUACCUCCGUUCUUUACAUGCGGCGCAGAAGGCUUUUGGAGACCAACAACUGAUCCCAGUUUACCACUAAUAUAUCCUGCUUGCUCACCUGCUUCACCUGCUCAACGUGUCUUCAAAGUAUCUAUGUUGUUCCCGAGUUCUGUUCUCUGCAACGACGCUGGCCAAGCCGUACUUCGACAAAAAGUACGCAGCGCUAUCAAUCAACUCAAUAGAGAUUGGAACUUCUGCUCUUACGCAAUUGAUGGUACUCGAGAAUGCAAAGAAUUGGAUAUUAAUGUGAAAUGCGAUCACCGCGCCAACAGGCAGACUAGACAAGUGUCGUCCCCUCCCACAGUAACAGCUGAAGAUACCUAUGUUUUGGACGCUAUAAUUCCUGUCGAAGAGACACGAAGCAGUAGGGAGGGUCGACAAAUUGGCGAUACGUACAGCGUUGAAAUAUCUUUCCCGGCUGUCAACGACCCAGUAAUCCACGGCGGUAAUAACGAAAGGUCGACUGUGCAACGAUUACUGGAGAAAUUAAUUCUCGAAGACGAACAAUUCGACGUUAGGAAUAUCCUUCCGAAUACCGUACCUGAUCCUGCGAGCUUGGUGCUUGCUUCUGAUUACGCCUGCCCUACUGGACAGGUUGUAAUGGCUCCUGACUGUGUGGCAUGCGCUGUCGGUACCUUCUUAGAUUCGGCAACCGACUCGUGCAAGCCGUGCCCCAUGGGAAGCUACCAAUCAGAAGCUGGACAAUUACAGUGUACAUCCUGCCCAACGAUAGCUGGCCAACCUGGAGUUACCCAAACAACAGGAGCUCGAAGCGCUGCUGACUGUAAAGAGAGGUGUGCCGCUGGUAAAUACUUUGACGCUGAGGCGGAACUUUGCCGUCCAUGCGGUCACGGUUCCUAUCAACCAAGAGAGGGCGCCUUCUCCUGUAUCUCCUGUCCCAGAGGUCAAACCACUCGAGCCACAGAAGCGGUAUCUGCUGCCGAAUGCAGAGACGAUUGUCCUUCAGGAGAACAGUUAGGCACUGAUGGAGGUUGUGAACCUUGUCCUCGAGGUACAUGGCGCGCGACAGGCGCGGGAGCCGCGUGCGCGCCAUGCCCUCCUGGGACUACCACACCGCAAACAGGCGCUUCCUCUGCAGAUCAAUGUUCAUUGCCCGUUUGUAGACCUGGAUCAUACCUCAACGUGACACUGAACACGUGUAUUCAAUGCAGAAAGGGUACCUACCAGUCGGAAGCACAACAGACAAUAUGCGUACCUUGUCCUAUAAACACGAGUACCAGAGGACCGGGCGCGACCUCAGAGUCAGACUGCACAAAUCCUUGCGAGAUGAGCGGUCCUGAGAUGCACUGCGAUGUCAAUGCAUACUGCCUUUUGAUGCCGGAGACAAGCGAAUUCAAAUGUCAGUGCAAACCUGGAUUCAACGGCACUGGAAAAGUUUGCAUAGACGUGUGCCUUGACUACUGCGACAAUGGAGGCGAAUGCGUAAAGGACGCUAGAGGCGAACCUUCGUGCAGAUGCACAGGUUCGUUCACCGGAAGACACUGCAGGGACAAGAGCGAGUUCGCUUACAUUGCGAGCGGUGUCGCCGGUGGAGUCAUCUUUAUUAUAUUCUUGGUCCUGCUUGUAUGGAUGAUUUGCGCCAGGUCAACCAAGAGGAAAGAACCAAAGAAGACACUCACCCCAGCUAUCGACCAAAACGGUUCCCAAGUGAACUUCUACUACGGAGCUCACACACCUUACGCGGAAUCAAUAGCGCCCUCGCAUCAUUCAACAUACGCUCAUUACUACGACGACGAGGAGGACGGCUGGGAGAUGCCGAACUUUUACAACGAGACUUACAUGAAGGAGAGCUUGCAUAAUGGUAUGAAUGGUAAAAUGAACAGCUUGGCGAGGUCAAACGCCAGCAUCUAUGGAACGAAGGAGGAUCUUUACGAUAGGUUGAAGAGACACGCGUACCCGGGUAAGAAAGAGAAGAGUGAUAGCGACAGUGAAGGUCAAUAGGGUGCUAGUUUGGAGAAUUCUGGUCAAUCUAUGAACUAUUUUUGUUAUACCCUACCUACCGUAAUAGUCUAUUUAAUGUA